AUGGAGAUGAACAGUUAUAACAACGUUAACGGGUAUAACUAUGAUGGAUAUGGGUAUGGAAAUGGAUAUGGAUAUGGAUGUGGAUAUGGAUAUGGGUCGAGUCCACCGGAGAUGGUAGGAGGAGGGGAGUCGUCGGGGACGUCGGAGGAGGUGAUGCUGGCGUCUAGUCAUCCCAAGAAGCGUGCCGGAAGGAAGAAGGUUCAGGAGACGAGGCACCCGGUGUACAGGGGAGUGAGGCAGCGGAGCUCCGGGAAGUGGGUUUGUGAGGUGAGAGAGCCGUAUAAGCAGUCGAGGAUAUGGUUGGGGACUUUUCCGACGGCGGAGAUGGCUGCCAGAGCUCAUGAUGUGGCGGCGUUGGCGUUGAGAGGGAGGUCGGCUUGUUUGAACUUUGCGGAUUCUGCUUGGAGGCUUCCGACUCCGGCGUCAGUGGAUCCAAAUGAUAUUAGGAAGGCGGCGGUGGAGGCGGCGGAGGGAUUCCGGCAGAGUGAGGAUGGGAAUGGUGAUCAGUCGGCGGAGGGAGUGGGGGUGGAGGUAGGUUAUGGAGGAAAUGUCGGAUAUAUAGAUGAAGAGGAGGAGUUUGGAAUGCCUGGGUUGCUUGUGAAUAUGGCGGAGGGAAUGAUGCUGCCGCCUCCGCCGUCGUACGCCGGUGGUGAUGAAGCGGAGUAUGGCGGUGACAUGUCGUUGUGGAGUUACUGA